AUGUCCGGUAAGCGAGCAAACGAAGCCCAUGGAGGAUUUGGAGUGUCUAAUGGCCCGAGCAGCAGCGCCAAAGGCCUUGAUCGAAUAAGAAGAGGCCUGGCUAAUGUUUGGAGCUUUCCUUGCCUCAAAACAAAGGAGAGUCGAGGGUUUCUAGGGUUGGCCGUCAGAGAGAGAAGCCAGAAGAAGCUGCGCCGUCCAGAGGAAGAGAAAGGAGGCGCCGUUCAAGACCCUUAG